AUAAUGGUGAUCAGCACUUCUAUUUCAAUCAUUGUCACUGCUACCUGGAAGCGCCGUGGGUCAAUCCUCAACGCCUUUCUACACUGAUCUUGGUUCCUGUCUCACCAACUACUUUGAUACAACGUUCUUCCGGGCCGGAAGAACAAUUUCACAUCCUUUUCUCCAUUACGUCAACUUCCCUCAUCAGGCUUCCAUCCCUACCAACCCGAUUUGAGCGUCUUCUUGAAGCAAACAGCUUUCCUCACGCGUACUUGAUGUCUUAACAUCUCGAAGCCCAAACCGAAAAAAUUGCGCUCAGUAGACUGUCAACUCAAACCAUGUCCGCAAACCCAGAUCUCUCGCUGCCCAUGGAGGCACCAUCAUCGCUGGCGCAAUACCGCGCUCAGCAGUCCGCGAGUUAUAAUCCAACCGCUCUCUACACGCUGGUAGAUAUGACAGAUGACGAGCUUGCAGACUUCAAGCGCGAAUGCGAGGCAGCAUGUGUCGAAACCGGCAGCGAGCGGGGCAGCUGUGUGCGUCUUGCCCCGCAGGCGCGGUUUGUCGGCCAACCUCUGCGUGCUGUGUUUGACUACCAUCUUGAGUUGGCAAAGCAGAUCACGUACGAGUCCGAGUAUUUCAUCGCGGCUGUUGAUAAGGACUGGCGCGCCAGGGGCGUCAUCCUCGUCACUCUGAACGAUGACAAUGACUUGUGGCGUGUUCAAUCCUAUCGCACCAAGGCUGCCGAUGCAGGCUUGACUGUGAUUAACCUGCAGAUUGGAAACACGGGUUGGGACGAAGAGCGAGAUUCCUGUGAGAUAUCUCCAGAUAGUGACGAUGAAGAUGAUGCAAAUAAUGAUUCCAAUGAUAAUGACAACAACGACAACCAAGAUGCCGACGACGACAACGACGAUGGGCCACCAGCGCCUGUCAAAAACAUUCCUCUGGGUUACUACAUCCCUAUCUAUAUUCACUCGGGCCUGUCUGAAGAGAAAGUUGUUGAGAAGCUAGAGCCAGCAUUCAGACAUAAGUCUCCCGAGGACUAUGCUUGCCGCAUCCAAGCCAGACUCACGCCCACAUCCCCUGAAUUCAACACAACAGCUACCGAUGGCCUUAUUCAAAAGGCCGUUACCCUACAUCCAUUACGCUGCUCAAAGAACAAAUAUCUGCAGAAAGCCUAUAUUCUCGUCAUCGAUACGCCCGACCCAGUAGAGAACGGCAUGUUAAUGGUCAAGGUUCCACCGUGGGACUCAGACGCAACAAAGAAGACAGACGUACUCAAGAUCGGCGAGCAAUUGGCCCGAACAAACAUUGAAAACAUCCGCAUCCCUUAUUCCUGCCAUGAUGGCCUGCAGACGCGCUUCCUAAUCCUAUGCAAUGGCGAUGCUGACUGGCCAUCGCCGGAUGUGCGCGCCCAGCCCGUCUUUGUGGCGUUCCAGUACGGCACACACGGCAAGGACCUAGGUUUCGGCUGGAACCUAAUGGAUCCCAGAGCUUCCAAGCGAAAGCCCGGCGAGGAACGGCUUGUGUAUACACCCGAGCAGGUCAAGCCCCGGCCGUCCGGUCGGGGUAUGGAGAGGAUAGAGUGGAAUUUCAACGAGGCUGUAAAGUACUUCCCUUGGUUCUGUGUACAGAAGCGCUUUAUUGAGGGGCUGGAUACCACGUUCUUCAUCUGCGUGGAGGGAGAUGAUGCCGCUGAGACAGGGGUGCUCUUGGUGCGGCGGAAAUGGGACGGGAACCUGUGGGGUAGAACGCGUGACGAGCUACUCAGUUUGCCCAUCGAGGGGGCAAGGGGUGCGGUUGUGCCUAUUAAGGACGCACUUGGCCUUCUCGAAAAGGGGAGAAAAGGCGAUACAGAGGGCAUGAGCGAUGGCUUGAAGGAGUUCUUCUCAUGAUCCCCUAUUUCUGGUAAUUAUAGAUAGACUCCUAGGCCCCAAAGUCAUGCGCAGAUCCAGCUUAACAGAUGCAUAAAGUAGAAGAUCUUAGACCAAAGACAAGGGAACGCUAUAAUUAUAGCCG